GCGGCUUUAAUUGAACAUGGGCAACUUGUUAAAUAAAUUUAAAAACAUCAAGUGCAACAAUCAAAACGGCGAAAAUCGAUCCGAUGAUCGUGAUAUGGGUUGCCGCAACAAAAGGAGAAAUGAAAACUGUCAGCCAUAUAUGCAUUCUGGAGAUACAUUUCCGGCCAAACGUCGCCUUUUAAAAAGCGAUUUGAUAGAUCGAAAUCCUUAUUUCAAGAAUUGUUGCCAAAACUGUGGAAUAUGCUUGGAAUAUCUAAAUACGUGGCGUGCUCGGAAUUCAAAUCAAUAUCCGAAUAGGAAAAGAAAUAACCAGCAGGCAGCUAAUUUACUUGGCGUUCCUGCUCGUCCCAGUGUAUCUCGUCCUGCUGUAGCUCGUCCAGUUUGUGCAGCUCGUCUUAACGUGGCUCGACCUGGUGUAGGACGUCCAGUUGUAAUUGAUAAUGCAAAGGGCCAGAAGGCAGUAGCUAAGCCAGCAACUGCUAAUAAAACCAACACCCCCAACAGCAGUAGCAACACCACCAACCCCCCUAAAUGAAAGGCCGAAAAGAGGAAGCGCCAAUAUGCCCGCAAGCGUGGAUUUAGGCUUGGAGGCGUCAAGUUGACUUAUAUUAAAAACAAGAAAGAAAAACUGCCCCAACAAGAAGAGGAAUCCUAUGCUGUGGCAUUUUUCGAGGAGAAGCCCAUUUACACUAUCAA